UCUCUCUUCAGGGUUUUAGUGCUCAAAACUUUGAGCUUCGAGAAGGAGAUGCUGACCUGCAAGAGGAGCUUAUUAGAUCGAUUAAUCAUGAAGAAGAAGAAGAAAAGGAAAACCAAAAUCGGAAAAUUUAUUAAAACCCAGAAUCAAAAUUUUCAGAAACCCCAAUAUGAAGAAGUUGAAGAAGAAGAAGUAGAGGAAGAGAGAGAUGAAGGUUUUAGCUUAAAAAGAUCAGCACCUUCAAAAAGUUAUGGUGUUCAGCCUUUAGGUAACUUCCUACUGAGUUCAUCAUCUUCAAACAACUCGAGAAAUUCAGGCUUGGGUAAGUUAUAUAAACUUACUGAUGAACUUGUUCUUGAUAUCUUAGGGUUUUUAGAUGGUACUGAUUUAGGUGUUUUAGGAACAGUUAGUAAAUCAUUUUAUAUAUUUUCCAAUUAUGAACCAUUAUGGAGAAAUCUUGUUCUAGAUAAUACUAAUACUAAUGGAUUUUCAUUUAAUGAGUCUUGGAAACUUACUUAUGUUUCUAUAUUGAAACCAUCCUUUGAUAUGUCAAUUUUGAAGGGUUGUGAAAGUUUGAGAGUAAGAGACUUUUAUUCUGAUUAUCUCUUUCAAAGUUGGUUAUGUGCUAGUCUUGAAAUGAAGCCUGAAUGGCUUGAAAGGGAUAACAUUGAUAGGAAAUGUGGGAUGUCAGUUGAGGAGUUUGUGUUGAAUUAUGAGGAACCAAAUAAGCCAGUGUUAUUGGAAGGUUGUAUUGAGAAUUGGCCUGCUUUAAAAAAAUGGAAAAAGGAGUAUUUGAUUCGGGUUUGUGGGGAUGUUCGGUUCGCUGUUGGACCAGCAGAGUUGAAGCUUGACGAGUAUUUUAAGUAUUCGGAUGGGGCGAGGGAGGAACGCCCCUUGUAUUUGUUUGACCCAAAAUUUGCUGAGAAAGUUCCUGUAAUGGGUUCUGAUUAUGAAGUUCCGCAGUAUUUUAGAGAAGAUUUGUUUGCGGUUUUGGGCAAGGAGAGACCAGACUACAGAUGGAUUAUUAUUGGACCAGCAGGAUCAGGUUCUUCGUUCCACAUUGACCCGAAUUCUACAUCAGCUUGGAAUGCUGUGAUUAAGGGUUCUAAGAAAUGGGUCUUGUUUCCACCUGAAGUGGUUCCACCAGGAGUCCAUCCUAGUCCAGAUGGGGCUGAGGUUGCGUGUCCUGUAUCAAUAAUUGAGUGGUUCAUGAACUUUUACAGAGAAACUAAGAGUUGGAAAAGAAGGCCAGUGGAGUGUGUUUGUAAGGCUGGGGAAGUGAUAUUCGUGCCCAACGGAUGGUGGCAUCUUGUCAUCAACCUUGAGGAGUCAAUUGCCAUUACACAAAACUAUGUCAGCAGGAGUAACUUAUUGAAUGUUUUGGACUUUCUAAAGAGGCCAAACGCAAGUGAGUUAGUUUCAGGAACAACAGACAGAGUUAAUUUGUACGAUAAGUUCAAGGGUGCUAUUGAAGCUGCUUUCCCUGGAACUAUUAAGGAUCUGGAGUUGAAAGCUGCAGAGAAAAUGGCUGAAAAGAAGAAACCCACCUUCUGGGAGUCAGUCACUGAUUCUAAAGUGGGCGCAUUCAAGUUCUCUUUCUGAACAGUUCAUCGAGAACCAGUCCCCUAAAAACUUGAUACAGUGGGUGAAAGAGAGUUGUGUUGGGAAAUUUUGAAUUGGGAUUUCGUUUUAGAAACAAUUUUGAUAUUUAUAUAUUGUUUUCUAUAUUCAUGUAUCUGGACGCCGUUGUUUUGCAAUUAUUGAUCGAGGGCAUCCAUAAUUCAUAUUUUCAUAUCA